GAGAUUCUUAUUUCUAACAAAGGAUAUAUAUUUAGAGAUACGAUCUCCUUCGGUGGUUCACUCCCAUCAUCGAUGUACGUGAAAAUAUAUAAAUAAAAAAUCAAUAAACGAAAAUCUUUCCUUUUUCUCUCACACAUUUUUCUUCAUCUCCACUCGAAUCCGGAAGAAGAACAAAAACCAAAAAAAAAACCCAGAAAAUCAGAGAAACAUAAGCGAACCGACAGAGAAAAAAAAUGUCUUCGCCAAGCAAACGCAGAGAAAUGGAUAUGAUGAAGCUGAUGAUGAGCGAUUAUAAAGUGGAAACGAUCAACGAUGGCAUGCAAGAAUUCUAUGUUGAAUUCAAUGGUCCCAAAGACAGUAAGAUUGAUCUUGUCUGAGAAUAAUCCCCAGUUUCGUUGAUUGUUGUCUCUAAAUCAGUCACUAGUGUGCUAUUUUGAUUCUGUUACUUGUGAAAAUGAUGAUAAGGGUAUUUGUAAUUCUUCCUGGUUUUCUUAGAUUUUGUUCAUAUUAGUGUCAAAAUUGCAAUCCGUUAUUUGUGGUGGAUUCGGAUCUACGGCGGUUCGAUUCCACCAUGUUUACACACUGUGUGUGGUUUACUUACUCGUGGUGGGCUUGCGAGUUUGCUCACCACGGGAUUAGUUAGGCGCUUCGGCGAAGUUCGGUUGGGAUACUCGGGUGUUAGUUGUGAAGAACUGUUGUUAAACUAUUAUUUGUGGGUUUAAUGUGUGUGUUGGUGAUAGGUCUCUAUCAAGGAGGUGUGUGGAAGAUAAGAGUUGAGCUUCCAGAUGCUUAUCCUUAUAAAUCUCCAUCUGUUGGUUUCAUUACUAAAAUUUAUCAUCCUAAUGUUGAUGAACUGUCGGGUUCUGUUUGUUUAGAUGUGAUUAACCAAACUUGGAGUCCUAUGUUCGACCUUGUGAAUGUGUUUGAGACAUUUCUUCCUCAGCUUCUUCUGUAUCCAAACCCAUCAGAUCCAUUGAAUGGAGAAGCUGCUGCGUUAAUGAUGCGUGAUCGUCCUGCUUAUGAGCAACGAGUUAAAGAAUACUGUGAGAAGUAUGCAAAGCCAGGGGAAGGUUCAGAAGAUAAGUCUAGCGAUGAAGAACUAAGUGAAGAGGAAUACGGCUCAGAUAAUGAGGAUGAUGAUGAUGAUGAUGUUGCAAUUGCUGGCAAACCAGAUCCUUGAACCAGCUUUGGUAGGGGACUUGUUUUAUUGUAUAUGAUCAUGAAUUAUCUCUGCUUAUAACUCAACUGUGAAAUCUAUUUCUCCCUUUGUGCUUUGUUCACCUGUUUAAUUUAUCGGACCGGACGUUUGUGUACAUUAUUAGACCGAACCGAAUUGUUAGUCUUUUCAAUUUCAAAUAAGUCUCUCUUACCGGUUUAUACCGGUUAUUGAUUCGGUAAUUUCUUUUCUUGAAG